AUGUUCAAGCAGGUGAUCUUCGCUGCCCUCCUCGCCGUCGUUGCCGCCAAGCCUGGUAUCCACUCUGUGGCUUAUCCUGCACCCAUAGUUGCUGCACCUGCAUUCGCCUACAGCGCUCCCUAUGCUGCAUAUACUGCACCUGCUGUUGCCGCAUACAGUGCAGCAUACACCGCUCCUGUUGCUGCAGCAUACACCGCACCGGUUGCUGCUGCCUAUUCGCCAUUCGCUUACUCUGCGCCCAUAGUUUCUGCAGCAUAUAAAACUCCAGUCUUACUUAAG